CGUUAAAGGUGAGUCGCCUACAGCAUAUACAUGGAUUCUUGUUAGUGUUGGUCCACAGACUGCAUCAACACCAUGGCUUGCCUGCUGCUUGGAGCUGUGCUGCUGGGGAAACUGGCCCUCUGUGUCACAGCUCAAGAGAUGCUGGCUCCACCUGGCCAGGUGAGGUUUGAGUCUACAGACUUCAGAAACAUCCUCCGCUGGGCGGCGCCCACCAACAGCUGCUCCCUGCAGUAUAACAUCCAGUAUAAGAUUUAUGGCGAUAUCGACUGGCUUAAUGUUAGUGGCUGUCAGGGUAUCCAGAAGCACCAGUGUGACCUCAGCAGCGUCACCUCCGACACCAGAGAGUGGUACUACGCCCGGGCGCGAGCUUCGUCUGUGCUCUCCAGCAGCAAAUCAGCCUGGGCCAUGUCCCGCAGAUUCAGCCCCCGCUGGGACACCAAAAUCAGUCCUCCUGCAGUGAAGCUGAGCUCCUCCAAACAAGGCAUCGUGGUCCAAGUAAAGCCCCCCCGAGUGCUGGUCCGCAAGACACACAUCAGUGUGGACUACAACAUCUACGUCAUUCACGCCAAUGAAAAGGAGGAGGUGUACAAGUUCGCCUACUGCUCUCACAAGCUGACUCUGACAGAACUGAAGCCUAAAACCCACUACUGCAUCCAGGCACAGACCGUCAUCCCCCGGCACAUGAGGAGCAGUGAUCGUAGCUCUGCAAAGUGCAUCACGACAGCCUGAUCACACAGGUAUGAACACAGACGCAAGUUGAUUCGAGCCGUCUCAUCACCGCAGCUUUAAUCCUCAUCCCUACCUCGACGGCUGCGAUUCAUUAAAUCUCCAGAGGAGCAUUUUGUUUAAAGUCUGUUGUGUAACUUGAAACUUAGUUUGAUAUACUUUUACAUAUUCUAAAUUCAGAUUUUUGAGCAUCUUCUGCUCAGAAUGACAAAAGUUUGUUCUUUUAUUUUCUUGGUUUUUUGAAAAGUAAAGCAUUAAGACUUAUCUUUUAAAGUAUUUAUACACAAGUUUGUUUUAAUACAUUUUGCGUAAACUUUUUUGAACGUUUGUGUAGCUCAGCAUUAAUAAACCGACACUUGAACUCAAAACAUAUUUAUCAACCUCUUCUGCAUCCUAGCACCCACUCAGCAUUAAGGAAUGUUUCUAAUGUUUUGCUAACAACCUUUGGUGUAGUAAAAAUUACCAGAGCUUCUGUUUGAGGUAAAAACACCUGGUGAUGAUUGUUUGUGUUGCCUUGAUCAUAAAAGGAUAAAUUUCCUCUUUUGAAAGCC